GUGUGUGUCUGAGCACUGUGUGAAUCACGGACAGUUUGGCCGCGAUGAAGCCGCCGUGUUAUCGCGAGAUUUCAAUCAUUGUCGUUAUUUCAAAGAUGGCGGCAGAAGCGGGAUCUGUGCCUGAGAGAGACACAGCAGAAGGAGAUGCAUCAUUUGGAGAUCUGACCACAAACAUGGAGACUGAGUCGUCCAGUGGAAAAGAGACUAUGGACACGGCAGGUGACAGUUCGGAGGCGGCGGAUGCACAGACAGGAUCUGGAGACGAUGAGAACGGCCGUCAGCUGGGGGAAGUGGAACUGCAGUGUGCUCUGUGCAUGAAGUGGUUUACGGCGGACACGUUCAGCAUUGACACGGCAACUUGCCUGCCGUUCAUGACCAAUUAUGUGUUUCACUGCAAUGUGUGUCACCACAGCGGAAACACAUACUUCUUGAGGAAACAAGCAAAUCUGAAGGAGAUGUGCCUCACUGCUUUGGCAAAUCUGACGUGGAGGUCCAGAACUCAAGAGGAGCAUCCCAAAACAAUGUUCUCUAAAGAUAAGGACAUCAUACCUUUCAUUGACAAAUACUGGGAGUGCAUGACGACCCGUCAGAGGCCCGGCAAACUCACAUGGCCUAAUAAUAUCGUCAAGACCAUGAGUAAAGAGCGUGAUGUUUUCCUGGUGAAAGAACAUCCAGACCCCGGCAGUAAAGACUCUGAAGAGGACUAUCCCAAGUUUGGCUUGCUUGAUCAGGAUCUGGCCAAUAUUGGACCGUCGUAUGACAACCAGAAGCAGAUGACGGCCAUCACGGGUGCUGGAGGGUUAAAUGCUGUGCGUUGUAUUCCAGGUGGAUCGAGUUUGUCAGGUGGGCUUCCUCCAGCUGCUACAGGUAAAGGCCGAGGAGCCAAGCGCAAACAACAGCAGCAACAGGACGGAGCCGCGGCUGGAACGGCCAAGAGAACACGCAGUGACCCGCUGUUCUCAGCGCAGCGCCUGCCGCCUCAUGGUUAUCCUCUCGAGCACCCCUUCAACAAAGACGGUUACCGCUACAUCCUAGCCGAGCCGGAUCCCCACGCUCCCGACCCGGAAAAACUGGAGCUGGACUGCUGGGCCGGGAAGCCCAUCCCAGGAGACCUGUACCGCGCGUGUCUGUACGAGAGAGUGCUGCUGGCGCUGCAUGACAGAGCUCCGCAGUUAAAGAUUUCAGACGACCGCUUGACGGUGACUGGAGAGAAGGGCUACUCGAUGGUCCGAGCGUCUCAUGGGGUCAGAAAGGGCGCGUGGUAUUUUGAGGUCACUGUGGACGAGAUGCCACCGGACACCGCGGCUCGACUGGGCUGGUCACAGCCUUUAGGAAACCUACAAGCUCCUCUGGGUUACGAUAAGUUCAGCUACUCGUGGCGCAGUAAGAAAGGAACGCGCUUCCAUCAGUCCAUAGGAAAGCAUUACUCUGACAGCUACGGACAGGGAGACAUCUUAGGCUUCUACAUUGAGCUUCCAGACGGCACAGAAACCGCCAAGGCUCUGCCUGACACAUACAAGGACAAAGCGCUGAUCAAAUUCAAAAGCUACUUGUACUUUGAAGAGAAAGAUUACGUGGAUAAGGCCGAAAGAGUUUAAAAGCCACCAGUUCCAGCCGAAUGAUAUUUUUUAAGAACGGAGUGAAUCAAGGUGUGGCCUAUGAGGAUCUGUUCGAGGGCAUGUACUACCCCGCCAUAUCCCUCUACAAGAGCUGCACGGUAC